AUGAAGAGGCAAGCUUACUUCAAUAGGACUGCAUACCUGCCAUGCCCAAAUACAAAGGCUCAAAACAUAAGCCUGAGUGAGCUGGUAGUAUUUUGGCAGGACCAGAACAAGUUGGUUCUGUAUGAGCAUUAUCUGGGCACAGAGAAACCUGAUAAUGUGAAUUCCAAGUACCUGGGUCGCACGAGCUUUGACAGAGAAACCUGGGCUCUACGACUUCACAAUGUUCAGAUCAAGGACAUGGGCUCGUAUGAUUGUUUUAUACAACGAAAACCACCCACAGGAUCAAUCAUCCUCCAGCAGACAGAAACAGAGCUCUCAGUGAUCGCCAACUUCAGUAAACCUGAAAUAGAACCGGCUCAGAAUAUAACAAGAAAUUCUGGCAUAAAUUUGACCUGCUCAUCUAAACAAGGUUACCCAAAACCUAAGAAGAUGUAUUUUCUGAUAACCAAUUCAACUAAUAAGUAUGGCGAUAACAUGCAGAUAUCACAAGACAACGUCACAGAACUGUUCAGUGUUUCCAUCAGCCUAUCUCAUUCAUUCCCGGAUGGUGUGUACAAUAUGACCGUCGAGUGUUUUCUGGAAACAGAGUCAAUAACUAUUUCCUCCAAACCUUACAAUAUAGCUCUUCCAGAGCCCCAACCUUUUCAGAAGAAUCCUAUUGAGAUUGGAGCUUCUAUCAUUAUUGUGGUCGUCUUUAUCUCAGUGGCCUCCAUGGUGGCAACAAAAAUAUAUUACAAGAAGCGGAACCAGCGGAACCAGCGGAGCAGACCCAGGAGAACAACCAGGAGCGUUGGAGUAUUGGAGCGGGGCAGUAGUGCUGGACAAGAGUCAAUUAACCUGCAGGAAUUUGAACCCCAAAUUGCAUCAGCAGAACCACAUGCAGAGUGAAGACAGCGAGAGACUGAGGAAAGAGUUAAAAUCUGUGUGUUUGAAAUAAGAAGCCCAGCGUUGUUUGAGAUCUGAAAACAUCCUCAGAUGAGUGGAACGCUACACUUGAUUAAUUAAAGAACAAAAUCCACAUAUUUUAUCCUGUUUUCUUUCCAAGUUUUUGGACAACCUCUUUGAUUUCCCAGAAGACAAGAGAAUAUAAUUAUUAGGUCAGAUGAUGCUCUGAGACUCCCUCAAGGUAAAACAGUCCCCUAUAAUGCCAGCUCUGUCCCCUAUCCUAGGAGCAGACACUAAUUCUGUCUUGCUUGUUUAACUCAGUACAGACUCAUAGGUCAAGUGUACUGAAAU